GCGAUGGGAUGAUGUAUUGCCCAGUUUAAUUUGGAGCAACCUUUCGGCAACUGAAGUCCGGGCUGGAUUUAAGCUUGAGAGCUCGAACGUUUCCCGGGGUUUCCCUCUGCUCCGCUCCACGUCCCAGUGUCGAGUCGCUGGCCGUUGUGCCCGCUCAGAGCCCUUGAUCUCCAGAAACCUCUGAGAUGUGCUGGAAAAGUUUGUAAGGCACUUACUCGAGAGCGAGGAGGGACUGGCUACUGUUGAUCCUGGGGACUGGGGGACGGGAGAUGGCUGUGCAGGCUGCCAUCAUGAACCCCCACUUCAUCCAUUUCUGUUUCCCCCCCGGCUCCUCGGUGGAGUAUGAGUUGGAGAACGCUUACAACGGGGCCCUCCUGGGGGAGAUGGAUGGCGCCGGCGAGCUCAAAGAAACCACCAGCGCCCUGCUCAACUUUAUAGACUCGGCCUCCAGCAAUAUCAAACUGGCUUUAGACAAGCCAGUCAAAUCGAAGAGAAAAAUCAACCACAGAAAGUACUUGCAGAAACAAAUCAAACGGUGCACAGGGAUGAUCUCCGCGAGUGGCAGCGGCCCGGGACCGGGGCAAGAGCCGGGCAGCAAGAGGCAGGUUUCUCCCCCUUCUUCCUCCUCCACCGCCACCGGCCAUUUCCAGUGUAAGCCGCCGCCAAAGAAGGACGGCUCGCAGUCGAGCCUUCAAAGCAAGUCGCUGGCGGCUCUCUUCGACUCGGUACGGGACCUGCAACGAUCUGCAGCCGCUGGCAGCAGCAGCAGCAGCGGCAACGGCGGCGGCAGCGGCGGCAACAGCAGCAAGAAGGUGCCGCUGCGAAACCGCAACUUGCCGCCGUCCUUCUUCACGGAGCCGGCCAACGUUAAGAUCACCUCCACCUCGGGCAUGUCCCUGAAAGACUUGGAGCGGGGCAAUCCGGAGGCAGCGGAGUUUUUCGAGUUGCUCGGGCCGGAUUACAGCAACAUGAUCACGGGGCAGGAGCCGUUCCCAGUGCGGGUCCCGCAGCAGGGGAGCUGCGAGCUCGGAGCCCACGACACGUACCGCGGCUUCGCCAACUUCCCGGAGCCUUGGCUCCAGUGCAACCCUUCGAAAAAGAGCCCUCCGACCGGCUGGAGCCUCGCCGCCGCCGCCGCUGAGAGCGCCAGGGCAGCGGGCGGACUCGCCCCGCUCUACGGCAGCAGCAGCCAGCCCGCUAACACUCCGCCCAUCGAGGAGCCCCCGGGCAGUUUAGCAGCCUUCUCGCAGUUCUUCCCCGAGUGCACACUGCCACCGGUCUCUUACGAGUAUAGUCCGGGAUUUAAUUGUGGAAGGCAAACAUUUCCCGGUCUCUAAUUCGCUUCUUCAAACCCCACGAACUGUUGCAUUUGUCCAGGUGAACUGGAAAGCUCGGCAAAGGGCAAAGGGCCCUUUUGUACUUAUGAACACGAGAGGCUGAUACUCAGGCUCGGCAUGAGCGUGGAAUGAGCCGCGGCCGGCGGGGUUAACACAACACACAAGGGAACACGCAGCGUAGCGCGGGUUACAUAGACAGCACCUGGCAUCUCGCUUCCUUCAUUUCUUCGGUCCAUUACUAUUCUGUGUUAGCCUAGUCCAAGAAACAAGCAUGAAAUGUAAUAAAGUUCGCCAUGAUUGUGUAUAAACCUUGUGCUGACGUACAAAACGGGUCAUUUUCAACUGCCAAUGUCGCAUGAAACAAACAAAAAAAGAAACACUACUUUUAAGAUGGGCGCUGCCCUUCAUACGCUGUGUAGAUGCAAUUGCACUUUGUGGAUUGAAGGAUCUGACCGAGUAAAUCUGUACUGAUGUGAACAAAUAGUUCUGUACGUGACAACGGACUGCAAGUCCCGCGUUAUCAUUAGACAAAACAAAAUAAUAAUAAGCGAUGUUGUAGUCAAAAUAUGUCUGAAAUUAUACAAUUUGAACGCAUAUACCAAAAUUUAGGGGAAUUAAAUAAGACAUGCUGAAAUUGUGUAAAGGGCACUAAGAUUAUGUGACACGGUUAACAAUGAACUAUAAUGGCAUUUUGUUUUGGAACAAGUAGACAUUUCUAGAUCGUGUUAUUUAUAGUAUGAAGAAAAGACUGUGUUAAUGUCGGGGAUCCGCAUUAACCAUUGAUAUUUGGCCUAUUUCUUGUUUUCCAUUUUAUUAAUCUAUAUUCCCGACUCCCUGCUGACUACAAUAUUAGUUUGCCAGUUCACUUCCCAAAGAGACAAACAACUCUGUCAAGAAUAGUUCACCAGGAUAUUCAUCUUCUCCUAGUACCUGCUGUGAAUUGGGUUUUAGUGCCCUGCCUGUCUAGAAACCACUUGAUCUGUGAGUUAUUUCGAGAAAGGUACCGGUUGCCGUAACCUCUCGAACGAAGGGUCGACAGACAAAAUAAAGCUGGACUUUAUUUUCGGAAUGCACCUCGUCUGUUUUGAAGUUUUUUUUCUUUUACCAGUGGGUGGGGAUGGAAGGCAAUUCAAAUUCCACAGGAACAGCAAAACUGCUGGGUGUUACGGGUUUUCCCACGGGUUUCACGGCCCGUUCCGUAUUACCAACCAAUCUUAAAGACAGGAAGCCACACUUGAUGGGAGACAGCUCAACCAUUAAUACUCGCCUCCCUAAAUCCAAUAAUUGCGCUUAAAAUAUGUUCUAUCUUUUUCGCUGAGCCCGGCUAAUUGCAUAACAAUCCUAUACAUUGUCACCUAAAAGAUUUACAAUACCUCUGGUACCGAUCACUGAUCAGAGGUUUACCAUUGUGCCAUUUACAAUGUCAUUUAUUGUAUUGAAUCAUUCAACGCUCUUCACUGAGGGAAACAUUCAUUAUAGGGGAAUGUGGACAUUAUUAAUUGAAAUGUUUCCACAAUGCAUGCUGCAUUACAUUUACCUCAAACGCCGUCAAAUAAUACAAACAUAUUUUAUAUGGUAAAGGAUAGCUUUCGACACCAUUUAAUAAAAAAGUCGCCCUAGUUUUGUCAACGGUCGGGUGUUUGUUAGAAUUUUACUGGUAAAAUGAGAUUGCAGAAUUCAAUCAAGUUGACUUUUUUUUAAUCAAUGGUUCGCUUUUUGUAGAUAGCACAUAUCAUCAAUUCAGUUUGCAGACUAUCUUUGAUAAAAAUGACACUUCGAACAAUAUGCAGAACGUUCCAGACAUCAGUGCUACAAUAGACGCUAGUUCCAGGCAUCAGUGCUACAAUACAGUUUGAAACACACGCAGAUGUCCGGGCAUUUUGUAAACCUGCGUAAGAUAUAUACCUAGAAUUCAAAAAUAUAUCAACUGUGAUUUCAACUGAGAAUUCGUAUUUAAGUUUCCUUUAGCAUUCAAAAUUUCCCGAAAUACGAUUUCGAUUCGGAAUUCACUUUAAAUUAGUUUUGUAUCCUCGGGUAUCGACCAUUUAGUGGGAGUGUUAUUUUUUUCAUGGGGAUUGUACAUUUGUCAUUCCAUAAUAUAGAAAUGGUUCUGCAUCAAACUGUUGUCUGAAACUCGGCUGAUCGCCAAUGGCCGAGUGCACUGGACAAAAUAACUCCUGGUUUUGAACACCUUCCUAGAAAUACAUUGUGAUUGCACACACCACUCCUCAUUCGAAAUACUGUCUCGCGUCUCUUAUUUCUAUUUUCACCCUGACCCCCCCCCCAAUAUUGCUCGAAACAUAUGCAGUAAAUUAUAUAAAAGUUAGCUUCAAGUUCUUGUUUGACAAAUCCCAUUAUAGAUCUCCAUUCUAAAGUUUAAAACAAACUUUGAAAACCGUAGCAAUAUUAAAACUCAUAAUAUAGAUUGCCUCUGAA